AUGACAGCCGUCGCCCCCCGCCCAGAGACAAACCACAUCCUCACCCACGCCGCGACAGCAACCUCCUUCGCCUUCACCCCCUUCCUCCGCCAAACCUACCGCCACGAGCUCUCCUCGGACCGUCCGCAAUGCAAGCCCUUCCUCGCGGGCCACUGCCCCCUCGGCGCCGCCUGCCCGGACCGCCACGCCUCCUCCAGCUCCUCGAACCCCACGGGCGGGCCGUCCCUGGUCUGCAAGCACUGGCUCCGCGGCCUCUGCAAAAAGGGCGAGUCGUGCGAGUUCCUGCACGAGUACAACCUCCGCAAGAUGCCCGAGUGUAACUUCUUCAUGCGCAACGGCUACUGCUCCAACGGCGAGGAGUGUUUGUAUCUGCACAUUGACCCGCAGUCCAAGCUGCCGCCGUGCCCGCACUACGACAAGGGCUUCUGUCCGCUCGGUCCGCGGUGUAGCAAGAAGCACGUGAGGAGGAAGUUAUGUGUGUAUUACCUCGUCGGGUUCUGCCCCGAGGGUCCCGGGUGCAAGUACGGUGCGCACCCGCGGUGGAGGACGGAUUUGGAGAAGCCGAGUGCCAAGGUUGAGGGCGAGGAAGGGGAGAUCAAGAAGGAUGGGGAGAGGGAGGAGGGCGAGAUGUUUCAGCAGCAUCGGGGGGACAGGCAGCGGGAUAUGCAUGAUGAUCGGGGGCACGGUGGAGAUCGGAGGCAUGGUGGUCGUGGAGGCCGGUGGCGCGGCGGCGGGAAUAAGAGAUACCGUGGACGUGGUGGCCACUGA